UGUUUACGUCUGUAGUUUCAGUGAACGCCAGAAAUCAUGGGCAUUUCAAGGUGGACACAUGACGAACAGAAACAGGCCUGUUAACUAGAACUAAUUUUGUCGUUUUUAACAAUUAGUUAUAACGACGUCGCAAGUUAUUGGACAUCAUCGGCCGGCUAAAGCAAGCGUGCAGUAUACGUGUACAGGUACUCGUGGUCAUUGAUUCACGCAAAAGUGAUUUGCAGGCAUAUUUCUACAGAAUUUGCUUCCUGCUGUUUGAUGACUAGUCAUCUUUAGACAUGGUGGUUACAGAGGUCAUCCACAUGGCAACAGCGGACUCUCCCCCUCCCAAAGCAUCGAAACUUCCGUAUUCCGGAAGCGGAAAUGGGCAUAUUCUAUGCCGAGUGUGCGGUGACAGGGCAUCUGGUUUCCAUUACGGAGUGUUUGCUUGUGAGGGCUGUAAGGGAUUUUUCCGGCGGUCUGUGAAGCAGAAUAUUAUCUAUAAACCAUGCGACAAUCCUAAAGGCUGUGUCAUCAUGCGAAUCAGCAGAAAUAGAUGUCAGUAUUGCCGCAUGCAGAAGUGUCUCGCCGCCGGAAUGUCACAUGACUCUGUCAGACUGGGACGGUGUCCGAAGAAAGACAAGCCAGCAAAGUCAAACUUCAUCCAACUGCCACAGAACCAGAACGGCUCCGUGGAUAUGGAUCGACAAAUCAGAAUGGAGCAGCUAAUACUAAAUAUUCAUGAUGCCUACAAACUGGCCAAAGCCAGCUAUGAGAGAACGAUUGAUUCCUUGGUGUCACGUGAGCUUAUGUUCCUAUCUUCCGAUCAGCAAAUCUCCAGGUUGUAUAUGACGUACAUGCCGGCCUGCGUCAAGCGUAUCACGAUCUUUGCGCGGGAAAUCCCCCAGUUCUGUUGCUUGGAUACGGAGGACCAGAGAGCUCUUAUCAAAGGGGCGCUACUCGAGGUCGGCCCUAUCCAGCACAUGUGCUACCUGGAUUUAGAAGAAACUGUUCUGAGGGACACGAAAUUGAUGUUUGUGAUGAAAACGGACGAGACAGAAUCUCGGGACCCUGUAGUACGCAUGCUCCAGGAAUACAUACCGAUUUACCGCGCCAUUAAGAAGAUGAACUUGACUGAUGUUGAACUGUCUCUAUUCCACGCCCUGUUGUUACUCUGUAGUGAACGAGAAGGUAUAAAGCAUACUCAGCCUUUAGAACAGCUCGAAGUGGAGUUGUCCACGGCCUUGAAGACACAGCUCCUUUUGAGUCACCCAGACGAUCCGCAACUUUUUCCGCGGCUGAUUUUUAAAGUGUCCGAUCUGAGACUGAUAACGACGAAAUAUCUGCUAACGGUAAUGAACGCUAAAUUAGAGGUGAGCAGUUGUGAAGAAAAAAUGGACACUGAUAAUGAAGCUUGUCAUCAGUCGCACUUAACAAAUUUUGAAUCAGUCGGUGAAAUCAAUAAGGAAAACAUCAACAGUUGAUAAAGUUUGGAACUCGUAGAAUUCAGGACAAAGUAGAAAGAGUGUAAGCGCAUGCUGGGACUUUACGUGGAGUAAGACUUGCAAGUUUUGUUGUUCUGAACAAAACGGAAAGGAAGUGCGGACAUGACGGAGGUUAAUCAGAGUACAGUUAAAAAUAUAGUGUGAUCUGGUGUCGUCUGCUCAUAUCCCAAGAUCAGGAAUGAUAGCUGCUCAUGGCACAUUCCUGACUGGCUUACCUGAUUUAUUCUAUAUGUUCGAUGGUUGCUCAAAAAGGUGAUGAUCCAAUCAUGAAUUUAUAAAAUUAAAGAAAAUUUAUAUAAACUCUUUCAUAUUGUGAUAUGUAAAUAUCCGGUCUAAGUGGGCUAAAAUAUAUUCGUUCUGGUGAUGCUGAUGAGUUGCUAUGGUUGUAAAUACUGGUAAAUGUAUUGCGCUUUUGUUCAUUCGCCAUUUCAUUUGCAGAUGUUUUAUAUUGCUGGUUGGACUUAUUCUUGGAAAUUGCUCUCUGUUAGAACUAUGUCUGGGAAAGAGAGCUGCGUGGGUGUUGAACAUUGCCCUACCAGGCGAAUAUAUUUAUCUAAGGAAUUCUCAUUUUGUGACGUGUCUAUGUCAUGAUAUAAAUUUUCAGGACAUGAUCAGAGAAGGGGAGAUAAGAAGGCAUUCUGACAUUUUUGCUCAUUUUAAAUUAAAUGCUUAUACGGACGCACAUGACUCAUAUACUGAUAUUGUUAUGAUAAUAAUUAUUAAUACAGUGGUACAUAUUAAGUUAUAAUGAUUAUGUUUUCGUUAUGGUAUUAUUGUUAGAUUUUGUUUUCAUCACGGGCUAACUUUGUUGUCGUCGUUGUUGUUGUUGCGCUGUAUAUUCGUGUCUUGUUGCUGAAGAUAGCAUGGGUAAAAUGUAAAGGUCAAAGCAUGUAGGUAAAAUUUUUUUGCCAUGAUCCCAUUGUGGUGCAAAAAUGGGGUGAGUGUAUGGUUUCUUGUUUUAUAUUUUCGGAAGUCUCAGUCCAAAUACAGAACAAAGAAAUCUGAAUGGAAAGGAAUUUUACAGCAAAUGUCGAUGAUUUAAAUACACAGAGGUAGAGAAAAUUUUGCAAGAACCAAAACUUUUGAAAAAGAUAUUUUUGUAAUUUUUGUGAAACAUAAGUUGGAAUUGACAUAUGGGUUUUGCAUAGGUACUUAUAUGGUUCUCCAAUCUGAUCGCAAAUUAAACAGAUUUAUUCUUUGCAUCGUAAAUGUUAUUUUUUUCCCAUGUCCUAAGUCUUAGGAAGACUUUGGCAACAGUCAGCAAAACGUCUUGACUCAAUGAUUCCCCCCACCACCAACCACCACCACCACUACAAAGGUACGUGUAUUUACUAUGACAAAGGCGUCUAAACAUUUAUAAUCGUUGUAGGAUACAUUUUUACAAGGAAUAAUUUUAAAAAUCUGACCUCCGUCAAAACAAUUUCG